UGAAAUUUCUGUAGCGGUUUGGUUGAGUUUUGGUGGUGGAGUUAGCACCACGCACCAAUCCUCCCUCUUUAUCCGGGCUUGGGACCUGCUAGGAAGCCAGCAAGCUAGUAAUCUAGGUAUUUGUAUACUUUUGCCGUUUAUUGUACUUGUAAUGUGAUAGGUUAUUUCGUUGUGUUGUCAAAUCAGAAUUAUAAUUAAUAUUUUAAGGGGAAACGUAUUCAGCAAUUACCUUUGUACGCACAUAAACGGGGGGAUUGAAGGCUUUCUCACCUGCUAAUGACUGCUUACCCUACUGUAUUGAAGGUAAUUGCGUCUAUGCAUCAUCCAUAACAAUUACCAUUUUUGUUUGUGUAGUCUGAUUUACAGCUUCCUACUGCUGGAUUCAUGGUCCAUGUUGUUCAGCUAGAGUUUUCUGACCAUUUAGUGAUCCUUAUUUCACGUAAUGGCAGGAUUGGUGAUAUGGUUUUGUCACAAAAAAAUACUCUGCCAUCUUUAAGUGAUCGCACUUCUCAAAACAUUGAUGCUUGUACUAUUUUCGGUCCUGAGAAGGUGAAUUCUUGCCUGAUCACCCGAUAUAUCACAAAAUCGCUGAACACGUCAAAGACUGUUAUUGUUAGUACAGAUUUUAAAGAGGAUAUUUGCUUUAGUGAUACACAAAUAAUUUGUGAUUGUUUAAAAAAUAUACAAACGGCAUAAAAAACUUAAAACAAAUUCAAUUUGCCUUUUUUGAUUCGAAAUUGGACUGCUAAGCAUAAAUGGAUGUAUGUAAGUUGGUUUGUGAAAAAAAAGUAAAGAAUAAAACCCAGGUGAGUAUCUGAAUU